AUGGAGGCAACGAUGUCGGCCAAGGAAGACGUCCCAUACUACGACAACACCAACCUGCUACAGAAAAAUGAAAACUUCUUUAACUAUUAUAUCCAUCAAAAAAUAAUCAACGAAAAUGAAGUGGAAAAUUUUAUGACAGUUAUAAACACAGAAUUACCAAUCACAUUUCGCGUUCUCAACAACAACAAGUACAGUAAAUUUAUUCACGAAAAUAUAAAAAAGAAAUUGGAACAUCUUUGCAAGGACAACUAUGCGAUUACCAAGUUGAAUGAAGAGGACCAGAUGUAUGAGAUAUACUUGACGAGGUCCCAAAUUAAGAAAGAUGAAAAUUAUAAAAAUUUGUACAACUAUUUAAUAAACUUAAAUGAGACUCCUGGCUCUAAGACUGCUCAGAUUGUGGAUUACAUGCAUCUCAUUAGCAAAAGGAAUGUGAAAAAUUAUUUAAUUCGGAAGUUUAUUCAGCGGAACUCGUCCCCUUUGCACGGGUCCCUUGGGGGCGCGCGCGCUGCCGAGAGGGAAGGGAACGCCAAUUUAAUCGGCGAUGGUAGCAGUGUGGACGGCGAUGGUAGCAGUGUGUACGGCGAUGAUAGCAGCGUGGGAGGCGAUGAUAACAGCGUGGACGGAGAUGAUAACAUCGAACGUGGAAAGGGCCGCAGCGAAAGUGGCGUCCGCCUGAAUAGCAGUCAUGCAAAUCCUCCCUCUGCGGAGAAAAAACAGCUGCACAGAAGCCUGCAGGACGCACUAGACGGCAACCAAUACGACGAUGAACUGUUUAAGUACAUCCUAAACGCAGACAACAAUUUGUAUGGACACUACAAGAAACUGAUUUCGAACAGCAAUCCCAGCGGAGUCGUCAUCGCGAAUGAUGCCAACUUUAAGAGGUGCUGCAUGUUAUUCCAUCGGCUAAAAAAUAUACACAGCAAUUGUCUAGUAGUAACAAACAACAACGCGAUUAACUUUCCUUAUAUUUAUGUCAAAGAUGAUGAGGGAAAUACAAAUGAGAAGAGAUACUUCGACUCGGUUUUGUGUGAUGUCCCAUGCAGUGGAGAUGGGACUCUUCGAAAGGAUAGAAAUAUCUGGUUAAAUUGGAACCCAUUUAAUGCCUAUAAUUUAUUUCAAAUGCAAGUGAGCAUUUUAAAAAGGUCCAUCGAAUUGACCAAGGAAGGUGGGAACAUUGUAUACAGCACAUGCUCACUAAACCCGAUUGAAAAUGAGGCCGUCAUUUGCGAAAUUUUUAAUUCGAUAGAAAAUAGGAACUGUCUCAAAUUAAUCAAUUUUGGGAAUGAACUUAUAGAUAAAUUAAAUUUUAAACCAGGGCUAACUGAAUGGAAAGUGAUGAUGGACGAUCAGUGGUUUGAUACGUAUGAACAGUAUUGUAAUUAUUUGCAAAAUAAGGAACAUGGGAAAUAUAAAAAAAUUUACGACAAAAUACAACUUGGGAUGUUUCCUCCGGAAGAGGAAUUCAUGAAUGAGAUUAACUUGAAAUACGUGAAGCGAUUUUUUCCUCAUCAUUACAACGCGGGGGGGUUCUUCAUAGCAGUUAUUAAAAAAUGCGGAAAGCUCCAGUGGAAGGAAGAAAAAAAAAAAAAAAAAAAAAAAAUUUACACGAAAUUGAAGAAGGCGGAUAAGGAUGAGUACAGGAAAAAGUACAAAUAUAGAAGACAUAAAAAGAGAAGCAAAAAAAAGGACAAGGGAAAAAAUGGAGACAUUAUUCCCCCCCAUGAGGUAAAUCAAAAUUGUAGUGAACAAAAUGGGAGUGCCGAAUCGAUGGAUGGUGUUGUUCUCAUUUCUGAUUAUGUUCCCAAAGAGGUCAGGCAAAGUGGCCAUGCGAAAUUAUCCUCCUUAGACAGUAAUAACCUACACAUGAUGAGCAACAACGCACAGAAGGUGGACCAAAACGAUGUGGAAGAUAAUUACAACGUAAUCGAUAUUGACGAUGUGAUGACUAGCUACAACGUUGUGACGAGCAACGAAGUUACGAAGAAGUACAACCUGAUUGACAAUGACGAUCUGAGCAAUAACUACAACAUGAUAGACAGUGACGACAUGGUGAGGAGUUUCCAGCCCGCUGGAGGACACGGAGGGGAUGUAAUAAGUCUCAUCAAUAGGCGGAGUGAGGAGGCGCUGCGCAGUUACAUGGGUGGCGAGGUCGGCAGCACGUCGGAGUGUAAAAUGGGGAGCGAAAGGGAAGAGGAAAGUGACGCAGAAAAGGAAGAAGAAAAUGGGGAGGAAUGUGACCCGCAAAACGGGGAGGAAAAUGAUCCGAAAAACGAGGCGGAAAAUGAUCCGAAAAGCGAGGCGGAAGCGGGAGGAGGCCAGCGGGAAGAGCGCAAAAUGACCAAGCAACAAGAAUACGUAAGUCUGGAGUACUACGAAAAGCUGCGCCCAACGCACGACCUUCUAAAUAAAGUAAAAAAUUAUUUCAACCUGAAUGACAACUUUAUGUCCAUUAAAAAUAACUUAUAUAUUCAUCUCAAGGAUGACUCCAACUUUGCAAAAUUAUCGAUCGACGAGAGGAUCAAUGUGAACAUCAAAAAAAUAAAUUUGGUAAGCAAACACACAAAGGAUAUCCUAGAGUGCUACACAAAAAUAAAACUAAAGAUAAUCAGUGCAGGGAUCACUGUUAUCCAGAUAGAUAAGAAUAAAAAGAAUGGAGUGGAAAACUAUUACCGAAUAAACUACAGUGGGUGCCUGAAUUUCUUGCCCUUCUUUAAAGACGUGGAUACGUUUUUGCUGGACAGGACAUGUAGGGAGGAAAUUAUCAAAAGUUAUUUUGCUCCUGUUUAUGAGAAUGAGCAGAGGGUGUUUGACUUUGAAGGAUACAUGGACCAGUUGAUCGGGGAGCGGAAGAGCACUCUGUCCAGGGGCGCGGCCAGGGGGGGAGAGGCCAAAGCGAAGGCGGCAGGAGAAGGGGAAGAUAAGGCGGGUGUGAAGAAGGAAGGUGAGGCAGAUGUGAAGAAGGAAGGUGAGGCAGAUGUGAAGAAGGAAGGUGAGGCAGAUGUGAAGAAGGAAGGUGAGGCGGAUAAAGAAAACAAAGACAAAGUGGAGAAGAAGGAGGGACAAGCUGAAGUGAAGAAGGAAGGCGAGGCAAAAGAGGAAAACCAAAACGAACCCAGCGUGGAGAACACAAACGAACCCAUCGCGGAGAACACAAACGAACCCAUCGCGGAGAACACAAACGAACCCAUCGUGGACCACCAAGAAGUGCAGAGUGACGUAAACACCAUUUGGGUGAAAAGCGAUGCCAUCUUGGAUCUCAUAAAAGUAGAUAAGUCGAAAAUAAAUAACAUCACGAAAGAGACCAUUAGGCAGACGGCAAAGCUGACCAAACAUUCCCCCAAUAUUCUGUUAACCCUAAAUAGGAAUAAGCAAAUUUUGGCCAUCCCUGCAAAUAAAGGAAACUUAUUUGUAGACAUCAGCAUUGAUAAGAACUCCAUCAUAAUGUUGCCAUACAUCUUAAACUAG